ACAGAAGAAGAAUUCCUAUCCGCAUUUUAUGGGCCGAGGUGGAUAUGCCAUGCUUUUGCGUGAGUUGGCAGUUGGUUCUCAGGCCAACACUAGUACUUCUGCUGAUAUCGCUGGUUCGUCUACAGAGAAGAGUUCUCAGCUGGGACGAGAGGACACUUGGUUGCGAGGUCACACCCCGGGGAGGCAGGCAGAAGUUACGGACCCUGCACUGAUGGAGAUUCGUGAUAGGAUAGUUCAGCUAAAGAAAGAGGUCGCAGCCGGUACCUUUGUUCCAAAUGGGCACAAUGAUGUACUGACUAGAGCUUUAGGGUCUGCCGAGCACCCAGGACGGACGAGGGGUGUUGGGUCAUAUUCGGGCUUACGUAAAGUUUUUAAUGGCAACAUGAAGCCUCGUAAGCCCGAAGGUAACUAUUUGACUGAGGAUGAUCUUUUGCAGCGUCUUCCUUCCCUUCUGCAGCAGUAUGGACUAUCUGUGUCCGGGAGUGCUCCAGAAGGGGCAUCCAUGUCGCAGUACACACCGUCUGUACCACCUCAUUAUGAGCUUCAGCGUAGUAGCAAGGCGUCUACAGAUUUUGUUGACGUCGCCGGUGUCACUGAGUUGAGGAUCUCUGAUCCAUCAGAUUACAUAGUGGCACAUGGAUCAGUUUUCCCACGUGCACCGGGAGAUAUGGUGCACGGUGUUCCCCUCCUUCCCCACCAGGUUAAGGUCUCUGUGACCCUUGUGCUUCCUGGAAUGGGUGAAUAUACCAUUCCUUGUCCGACUGAGCAUAUAGAGACUGUGGCCGAUUGCUUGGGGAGCUUCGUUGCAUGGCCUAAGUCAUUGGUGGGCAUUGGAGAUGUAAGUAAAUAAAUUUAGUUUUUUU